UUAACUCAAUUAACACCCAUCGUCUUUCAUGAAUACAACACUAGCAGCAUUAGGGUUUUAAACCUUCAAAAACCCUCAAUCACACAUCUUCUUCUCAAUCCUCUGAAUCACACAACACCGGCAGCUUUAGGGUUCGAAAAUGGCAAUGGCAGCUUACCUUUCAAGAAUGUUCAGACUCUCCACCACCCAACAAACCCCACUACGAAACUUUUCCUCAUCAUCUACAUCUCACCCAUCAUUUCACGCAUUGAAAUCAGCCAUCAAAUCAGAACAAGACCCUUUAAAGAUCGCUAAACUCUUCGAAUCAUCCAUUUCAAUACCCACAUUCAGACGCUACAAGCCCCUGUUCACUCUUUCAGUCCACAAACUCACUCGAUCCAAACGAUUCGACCUAAUCGACCGCAUAUUAUCCAAAUCAAUCACUGAUUCACCCGCCCCACAACUUGCUUCAGAAGGGUUUUGGCUCAGAAUUGUCAUGUUAUACUCACAAGCUGGGAUGGUGGACAAUGCACUCAAGGUGUUCGACGAAAUGCUUCAGAGAAAAACCUGCACGUUGACUGAAAAAUCGCUUUGUGGGGUGCUUUCUGUGAUGCUGGAUAACAAGAUUUAUGAUGAUAAGUUUCAUCAGACUUAUGAAACUUUCGUAAAAAAGACGGGUAUUUCGCCGGGUGUUAAGUCGUUUAAUUUGAUAUUGAAAGCUCAUGUUAAAGCGGGUCGGGUUGAUCAGGCUCAGGAGUUGGUUACUGAGAUGGAAAGUAAAGAUGAUGUGAAACCGGAUAUCAGUUCGUAUAAUAUAUUGUUGGGAGGGUAUUUGGAUACUGGGAAAAAGAGCGCGUUCGAUAUGGUGGUGAAACGGAUUUCUGAAAACAGUUUGGAGCCGAAUUUGAUCACUUAUAAUCAUAGAAUUUUGAGGUAUUGUAAGAAUAAAGAAUGUGCUAGGGCUAGGAAGUUGUUGGAUGAAAUGAUAUCGAAAGGCGUGGAGCCUGAUUCGUCUAGUUAUAACGCUAUUAUUUUCGGGUUUUGUAAGGUUGGAGAUUUGGAAUCUGCACGAAAGGUUCUUGAAAAAAUGGUGAGUGAUGGUUACGUAAAGGCGACAUCUUUCAGUUAUUAUACGUUAAUGAAACAUAUGGUUGAAGAGGGUGAACUCGACGGUGGUUUGAAAGUAUGCAAGGAUAUCAUAGAGAAGAAAUGGGUUCCUCCGUUUGAAGCUACAAAGCUUCUGGUUAACGGGUUGGUCAAAGAUUCGAAAGGCGAUGAAGCGAAGGAGAUUGUCGGGAAUUUUAAGAAUCGGCUCAGAGGGUCUGCUUUAGAAUCGUGGGGAAAGAUUGAAGCUAGCCUUCCUAUAUAAACUUGCGAGUCGUUUGUUUUCAAGAAGAAAACAGAUUUCAUAAUGUAUGAUCGAAAGCCGAAGGUAAGGUAAUGGCUUUUUUUUAAGUUGUUUACUUGUUAUAUGCAAUGUUCUUGCCUGAUGGUUAAAAUUCGAUUCAACGGUGUUCUUUUGGUUAUUUAGGUUUAUACCUUUUUAGUCAUAUUUGAUUUUGCUUACCCUGACAUUUUCAUGGAUUGUAACUUGGGCUGUUAGUGUAAACGCCAUGUCAGCAAUGCUUUUGCAUUAAUAACUAGAUGUGAUGGGAAAUUGAGUGAGUUUAUACAUCAGUUUACUCCUUUGAUCCUG